AUGACUUUCCCUGGAGGGGCUCAUGUGUCAAGGAAAGUCUUCAUCCCUCAUGGCUGUCCCCUUAUCUUGAGAUUAAUUUUAGCUGUGAUUUGUUUGAGUGCAAUGGGUUUUGCGUGUCCCAAGAGUUGCCACUGCUUCGAGAAGAAUGGCUUGACGGUAGUGCAGUGUUCCUCUCGCAACCUAGAAGAGAUUCCCUCCAACCUUCCUCACGAUACUGUGUCGCUUCUUCUGUCCUCCAAUCACAUCACCAAAAUCCCAAACCAGGCUUUUAAAAACCUUCCCUGGCUCCAAGAGCUGGACUUGUCAAGGAACGCCAUCGAAACCGUGGACGCUGGGGCUUUUCAAGGUGUCACGGAGAGCUUGCGUGCACUCGACCUGUCCCAUAAUCGCAUGCAAAGCGUCCCUAAGGAGGCCUUCGCUCGGCUGCAUGCCAAGAUCAGCCUGUCCAACAACCCGUGGCACUGUGAGUGCACCCUUCAGGAGGUGUUGCGCGAACUCAGGCUGGAUCCCGAGACUGUGAACGAGGUGAGCUGCCACACCUCUGUUCAGGAAGAGUACGCCGGCAAGCCUGUCAUCCAAGUCUUGGAUUCGGGCAUAAACUUUUGUAACUUCCACCAUAAGACUACAGAUGUGGCUAUGUUUGUCACCAUGUUUGGUUGGUUCACGAUGGUUAUCGCUUAUGUCAUCUAUUACGUACGGCAUAACCAGGAAGAUGCUAGGAGGCAUCUGGAGUACCUCAAGUCCCUGCCAAGUAGCUCCCAAAUUAGUAAGGACUUUGACACAAUCAGCACUGUUCUCUAGCAUCAGUCAAUGCAGUGUAGGAGUGAAUGUGUUUGGCACAUUGAUGAUGGCACAACAGCAAGCCUUAUAAGGGAGAGUGGGGUAAGAUGUGUCAUUUACUCAGUUUGUCCUCAAGGAAAGGAGAAACAAGGAAUCAUUGAGAAACCUGUAUUUGUAUGCACUUAAAAAAAUCAUUUGCUCGGCAAAAACCAAUUCCAAAGUCUUAUUUGCCCUGUACAUCAUUGACAUUUUCAUAUAGAAGAAAAAAGAUUUAAUUUUGAGAAUAUUUUAUUGUAAAUAUUUUCUAAUAAUAGUAUUUCGCACAAUUGGAACCGAAGCUUACCAAAUGCCAAACAUGCAUGAAAUUUAUCUUUUAUUUAUUUGCUUAGACAAUAAAUUGUCUGCUGCAGAAAAUAUAGUUUGACAGGCAAAAUGCCACUUUUUUAGAAUUAAAAACCACCUCUUAUUCAGUAUGCAGCUGCUUAUUGAGCUGAGUCCUUUUUAAAUAUUUGGUCCAGUUUGAUUGAUUAUAAAAAUGACACAUCUUGCCCUACUCCUCCCGAGUUCCAGUAUUAUUUGAUUUGAUUGUGAAUGUUUUUUCGUGGGUUUUCGCACAAUGAAUGUGUUGACAAUUGUUCUGUGAUGCAAUUCAGUGUUCCCAUUCAUGUACCCUCAGUCGACCUACAUAAGUCCUGCAGUCUCUGUGGUGGCCGCUUUGUGCCUCACGACAGGAAGCUGCAGAAGCUCCAUUUCUUUCUGCAGGUGCUUAUCCCAUUAUUUCUUGAAUUGGUUUUAUUAAUUUGUAUGCUAAUUUAAUGGUGUUUCAGAACAGAAUAUUAAAUGCUGGAUUUAUGGGAUAUUUUUUUCCUUAUUUUGUAUUGCUGACCAAGUAGAGUAAGUAAAUAAUCACUGCCAAAAACAAAACAAAACAAAGCCCAUCAGUUAAGCUCUGCCUUGAUAACUGGAAACUUGCCCGCCAUUUUUGGCAGAGUUCUAAUUACUCAAGUGCCUAAUCCUGGUACCUCAGCACCAAUACACUGUGCAUUGGGCAUUAUUUGGU